UGAGACAGUGGUUAUUAUAAGCGCAAUUUUUAAAAAUAUUGCAUAAAAUUGUAAUUUAUAAAGUUAUUGAAUAAUGUAAGUGUUUAAAAAAUCUCACGGAAUAAAACGUAUGAACGUCGGUUCGUUUACGAUUAAAUUAUUCCAUUUAAAUCUUAUUAAAAUUGUGCAGGGAGUAACAAAAUAUUGAGAGGUUAAAACUUUUGUUUACUACUUUAUUUAAUUUUAUUUUGACCUUUAUUCAGAGAAGCAAUCCUAUAAAAAAUUAUUCAUGUUUAUCGACCUAGACUUAACUUGUUUUUAUUCAGUAUGAAGUCUAUUUUUCAUCGAGGAAUAAAAAUAUUAUUCAAAAAGAAUUUACUAUUAACAAAUAGUAUUACUUCUGGGGCGUUUAUGGGUAUUGGAGAUAUUAUUCAACAAGAAAUUGAAUACCAAUCAAAACUUCUUCCAAAACGAUAUGACUGGCCAAGGACAGUAAGAAUGUUCAUUGUUGGAACAGUAAUGGGACCAUUGCAUCACUAUUAUUACACAUAUUUAGAUAAGAUGUUGCCGUAUGCUAAUGUUAAGACAGUUGUAAAGAAAAUAGCAUGUGAUCAAUUAUUUGCUUCUCCGGCGACACUUUUAUGCUUCUUUUAUGGAAUGGGUUUUCUAGAAAAGAAAACAUUCGAUCAGUGUACACUUGAAGUAAAACAAAAAUUUAUUUAUGUUUAUAUGGGCGACUGUUUAUUCUGGCCUCCAGUACAAUUCUUGAACUUUUAUUAUUUACCAACACACUAUAGAGUUUUCUAUAUAAAUAUGGCGACAAUGCUGUUUAAUGUAUUUUUAUCCUUUAUGAAGCAUUAUGAUCAAAAAAAAGUGUAAAUAAAUGUUAUGUAUUUAACAUAUUUCCUAAUCA